AUGUAUAAAACGGAACCUUUUAGUAGACGCGGUAGUUUAAGAUCCCUGCGCAGUGCUCCUUUACUUAGCACUGUCCUAGAGAGCACAUUGUCAUUGACACGCAUACAUCCGAUAACGUCAUUGGAGUUACCGGGUCUUGAUUACGCUGUUCAAUCGCAGACAGCGAUAUCGGCACAUCAUCGCGAACUAGGUACUUCGUUACGUAGCGGUAUUGCUGCUAUAACUACCGCAACAUCGGUUACACAAUCGCAGAGCACACUAAAGGGACGCUUGGCUACACAAGGUUCAAUACGUCACACAGAUAUAAAACGUAAUUUACCACCAAAACGAGCAUUAUCACGUAAACUAAAGCCCCAUUUAGUUGCUGACACCGUUAAACAGUAUAUCAGCCGAGCGCAACGCACUGCCAAGGGUUCACAAGAGCAGCCUAACAUGGAGUUUUUACGUGGCGUAUAUGCGUUUAUGCAAGUGAGUAGAUCAUCGGUGUCUCAUGUUAAAAUCGAUUCACCUGUAUUUCGCCUACACACAAAUGCAACCGUUAUAUUAUUAAUAACGUUUUCAAUUGCUGUUACGACACGUCAAUACGUAGGAAAUCCAAUAGACUGUGUACAUACAAGAGACAUUCCAGAAGAUGUCCUCAAUACAUAUUGUUGGAUACAUUCAACAUAUACUGUGGUGGAUGCUUUUAUGAAAAAGCAAGGUUCCGAGGUGCCUUUUCCUGGGGUUCAUAAUUCACAGGGACGUGGACCUCUAACAAUAAAACACACAAAAUAUUAUCAAUGGGUGGCGUUUACGCUAUUUUUUCAAGCGAUUUUAUUUUAUACACCAAGAUGGCUGUGGAAGUCUUGGGAAGGUGGCAAAAUUCAUGCACUUAUCAUGGACUUAGAUAUAGGAAUCUGUUCCGAAGCCGAGAAAAAACAAAAGAAGAAAUUACUUUUAGAUUAUUUAUGGGAAAAUCUCAAAUAUCACAAUUGGUGGGCGUACAGAUACUACGUAUGCGAGUUAUUGGCUCUAAUAAAUGUGAUAGGUCAAAUGUUUCUUAUGAAUCGAUUUUUCGAUGGCGAAUUUAUGACAUUUGGCUUAGAUGUGAUACAGUAUAUGGAAGCCGAUCAGGAAGAUCGUAUGGAUCCGAUGAUUUAUAUAUUCCCAAGAAUGACCAAAUGUACAUUUUUCAAAUACGGUUCAAGCGGGGAAGUGGAAAAACAUGAUGCCAUAUGCAUAUUGCCGUUGAAUGUUGUUAAUGAGAAAAUCUAUAUUUUCCUUUGGUUUUGGUUUAUAUUAUUGACGAUUUUAACGUUAUUAACACUAAUAUACAGGGUGGUUAUUAUACUUUCACCACGUAUGAGAGUGUACUUAUUUCGUAUGCGAUUUAGGUUAGUGCGUCGGGACGCUAUAGAAAUAAUCGUUCGUCGUUCCAAGAUGGGCGAUUGGUUUUUAUUGUAUUUAUUAGGUGAAAACAUAGACACGGUUAUAUUUCGUGAUGUUGUACAGGACUUAGCCACUCGUUUAGGACAUAACCAACACCACAGGGUGCCUGGACUGAAAGGAGAAAUACAGGAUGCAUGAUAUUGGGAGUAUUAGAAGCCAUGCAGAAUGCAAAAUGUCGUCUCCAUCUGAAAACCAAAAAAAAUUGAAAAAAUCCUAAAAAAAUUAACAAAAAAAUAUAUAUUCAUCAUUCGUAUAUAUAUGUGUAUAUAAAGAUAUAUAUGCAUAUAUACAUGUACAUGAAACAUGCCGCGAAACUGCUUGCCAAAAAAAUAAUUCGUCAUCAAAUCAAAAAAACUAAAAGUCAACAUCAGCUGCAGUAGCCGCACAACAGCAAAGAAAACGAAAAAAAAGAAACAAAAAAAAAACAAAAAAAAAAAAAAAAACGAAACAUCAAGGUCAAGGAAACUGUGUGAUUCAAUGAAAUUGAACAAUAGCAGCAGCAACACGAACGACAAUCUCAGUUAUGCAUCAUAAGUUUCCGUAAACGCAGCCAUCAUUGCACCCACACGCCAUAGAACGCCAAAAAAAUACAUUAACAUCAUUGUUAGUUUUAGUCGUGCAUUGUCAUCAAGGCAACGGAAAAAUUGCUGUAAAAUUUUUUUUAAACAAGCUAAGGAUCAACAGACAAAACAAUCUUUCAGGCAGCCUGUAAUGAAUCAGCACUAUUUUCCUGUUGGCAACAUCAAUAUCAUCGACACAUCAGCAUUUGUUAACUGGCCAACGCUUAAACUAGUCUUUCAAGCUAAUACACAUUAAAUCAUCAACAACUACAGCAAACAGCAAACAGCAAACAGCAAACAGCAAACAGCAACAACAUUAUCAUCGAUUCUAGAUUCUUAAGCUUGUGAUAAAAAAUAUUAAAAAAAAAAAUCAUUUGGAGACGACGACCGGUGUAUGAUUGCAUUUUUGUAUUGGGUCCAACAACACAAAAAUGACAUCUUUCACAACAAACAGUGUUCAUUUAUGUAGAAAUUGAAAAGCUAAACAAACUUGUUUUGUUCACUUUUUUUAUAAAAAAAAAAAAAAAAAAAAUUUUUUUAAAAAAAUUAAAAAAAAAAAAAAAAAAAAAAAAGAUCAUGAAGCUCAAUACGCGAAAUAUCCCAAAAAUCAUGUUUUUAUACUUAUAUGAAAAAUAAAAUAAAAAACAAUAAAAAUAAUCAUAUAUGUAUAUCAUAACAAAAAAAGAAAAAACAAAGCUAUAAAACUUCCUUUUCAUAGAAUUAUCAAGUCAUCAAAGAACAAAAAAAAAAAAAAAUACAAAUAAAAAUAAAAUAAAAAAAAAAAAAA